UUCCUCAGUUUCCCUUUCAACAAACCCAAGCGCUACGCCUAAUUCGGUAGCCCCAAGUCUCUUACAAUAUAUAUCCCACAACUCCUCCUCUCUUUUCCACCAUUCCUCACAAGAAAAACUAAAGUUAACACUUGUUUCUUUUUCUUUUCAAUUCAACAUUCCUCCUCACUGGUCUUCUUUUCACACAUAGAUGGGUAGUUUUGAUGAUAUUUCUAACACAGGCCUGGUUUUAGGAUUAGGCUUUUCCACAAGGGUUGAUCAGAAAUCAACAAAAAUACUACUGGCCGGCAAAGGGCCGUCUCUUGGCUUUGAACCGUCACUAACGUUAAGCCUUUCCGGUGAUCCUACCUAUAAUGAACAGCAGCAGGCAGCUAAGAAGGUUAAGAAUGAUCAUCAAUCGGCCGAUUUGUAUCGACAAGACAGUGCAGCUUCCUCCUACUCUAAUGCUAGCGUGAAAAGGGAGAGAGACGCUGGUAGUGAAGAGACAACGACUGAGGUAGAGAGACUUUCCUCCAGAGUUAGCGAUGAAGAUGAUGAUGGUUCUAACGCUAGGAAGAAACUUAGGCUCAGUAAAGCACAAUCUGCUCUUUUAGAGGAAAGCUUCAAGCAACACAGCACUCUCAAUCCUAAGCAAAAACAGGACUUAGCCAGGGAUCUGAAUCUAAGGCCUCGUCAGGUUGAAGUCUGGUUCCAGAACAGAAGAGCCAGAACAAAGCUGAAGCAAACAGAGGUAGACUGUGAGUUCCUGAAAAAAUGUUGCGAGACGCUAACAGAGGAAAACAGGAGGCUUCACAAGGAAUUGCAAGAACUGAAGGCUGUAAAAAUAGCGCAACCUUUGUACAUGCAGCUGCCGGCGGCCACGUUAACCAUGUGUCCUUCUUGCGAGAGGAUCGGCGGCGUCGGAGAAAAUCCAUCGAAGAAUCCAUUCACUUUGGCUCAGAAGCCUCACUUCUACAAUUCCUUCACCAAUCCAUCAGCAGCUUGUUAAGUAGAGGGCAUAUAUAAAUAAUAUACUCUCUAAUAGUAUAUGAUAUCAAUAUCAUCUUUAGAAUAUCUCCCAAAGCCGCCACUUUUUUUGGUUAAGGCCUUGUAUGAAAUCAACUGACUAGUGCAGUUGUAUGUGUAGAGUUAGAAUUAAGGUCACUAAUCAAUCAUUUUAAUUUGUUUCUUAUGAUCAUAUUAUAAGUCUGUAAAUAGUUAAGGAAUAUAAUACAUAUGGAUGGAUUAUUAUUUAUAUUA